AUGGCUAUCACUCCCACAGUCGCACCCAACCUGGAGAAUUGCGACACAAGCCACAAAGGUGAGACCGACCAGAAAGCCAGGAUCCCUCCAUUCUGGCAAGGGUUGUGUCAAGCUGACAUAGCUAGUCGCGGUGUCAAGCAACCAGCCCACCUGUCCGUACCCCGCACGGUGACGAAACAAAACAACGACGAUGCUGUUGCGCUUCACAAUAGGAUUCCUACGCUCGAGUCAGGCAACUCCAGACGGGCGUAUUCUGACGUUUCACUCAAGAACGGCCUCGGGGCUUACUCAUUCUUAGCUCAGUCAAUCUGGACAUGGGAGCUUGCAAAAGCUGUCGGAUCUGGCUCUACGUUCUACCACAAUCCAUAA